GUAAUUAGAAUAUGUCCAAUGGUGAAAAAUGGUUAUGACUAUAAAAUGACAAAUUUUGUGGUGUUUUUUUUUUCUUCUUCUGGUAUUUGUUGUUAUUGUUGUUGUUGCGGCAAAGUUUGAAAAAAUGUUGUAAAUAUGUGUGAGGUCACCUGCUAAAAAUAAAAUCUAGCAAUAUUAGAAUGCCCGUGAAAAUGUGUGUAGAAGGUGACAGUUGAAAGAUUGCUGUCAACCAAAGCCAAAGACACGAGUAUAUCGAUCGAUUCAAUUCGAAAUGGAUGUGGCCACCUCGGACGCUUCCACUUCACACGAUCAUUUAUCAUACAAAUGAAUGUACGAAACGACCGAAUAAAAACCACCAGCAAAAAAGAAUGCCCACAACUAAAACCAGAGUGGACAAAAAGCUAGACAAAAAGUGUAGCAAGGAAAAUUAAUGAAAUUUUUAACCAACCGACCGGAAGAAAAAAAUUGGGAGCCCAAGAGAUAAAACGAGGACAACUGCAAUUUUCUGUGUUCAGUUAACUAAUUUAGUCGAUUUAUUUUACUCUUUGUGAAUUUGCUCCGCAUUGAAAGCCACAAAUGGUAAUCCACAUGUAUCUUAUGUUUCUGCAUAAACGAGUCAAAUGGGACUCGGUGUGGUGUGUGUUUGUGUGCUUUUUUCCCUGUGCUUCAAUAGCGUUUGUUAUAUUGACGCGUGUUCUUCUCUCUCUCUCUCUUUAUUCUACCUCGGCUUCAGUAGUUACCUCGCAUUUUCAAGUGAGAAAAUUCGUUUUUCAUUGGCAUUACCGUGCCAACAGCAAACACCGCGCGUCGCCGUUGUUAUUCAGUCCUACUUUCGCGAAACGGGGCAGCAUAAAGCGACCGAAUGAACAAACACACAGUGUGCAGAAGCACUUCACCGCUGCUUGAGUCGUGUAACGACUGCAGUGAAAUACAGCAAUGCAUACAUAAAGAAUAUCGCAUUGCAUAAUCAAAUCGAGAGCACCACACUCCAUGCAUACAUGCGUACAUAUAGGAUAGAUACAUUUGUGGAUCGCAUCGUUCUCAGUAAGCAUUUGAACUCGUGUCGAUUCGGGAUGUUUUGUAAAUGACAAAAUAUUUUUUUUCUGGCUAUCCUCAAUAUCCUUCUUCGUCGUCUUUUGCAUCGUUGUGAAUUCUCGUCGAAACAAAAUCAAGUCGAGAGUACAACGUAUAUGAUCGUAAAAACUGAAUAAAGCGUAAAAAACACUUACGAAACCAUUGAUUUUAAAAACACAAUCUCGUGCCACAAAUAACCGUAAUUUUAUUUACCAUUUGCAUAGUUUUCGCUUCAUUCCAUUGCAUUUUUUCCUACAUUUUCCAUCGUUUGCACCACUCGUUUCAAUCGAAUAUUCAAUAUAAUAUUCGAUUUCGUUCCUCUUUUUUUCACUUUUUUCUUUCCCACGAAUAAUAAUCGGUUUAUGACGGAAGCAAUCGCUUCGCUUGAAAGCAAACGAAAUCUGUUACAUCGAAUCACUUGUGAUUUCAAAAAGCCAUAAAUCGAUCAAUAGAAAAUCUUCAACAUUUGGUACGAUUCAAUUUGUUCCCUUGCAUGGAAAAUAUGUUUUCCAUGAUAUUCAUAUGUACAUAUUGAAGUGUGGUUGGUAGGGAAAAAAUGGCAUUGUUAUUUCACUAUUUGAAACAUGCACAGAUGUAUACACACGAAAGCCAAGCUCAAUCAAAAUUAAACCAAGUGAAUAUUUGAAGGUGCCACAUUUAGAGUGAACUUUGAUUUUUCAUACUCAAUUUCAAUAUUUUUAGAUAUUGCUCGUGCUAUUUUCUACUCCAAAGUAAACCUAGAUUUGUAUUUCUCUUGGCGUGCACCGCUAUGAAUUUAUAUUUUGUUAUUCAUGAUAACGUUUGCCUCGAAACGUAUUUAUGUUGGAAAAAUAUUGACGAUUGCGAUCAAAUUGUUGUUGGCUUUUUUUUCAUCUCAAUUACUCUACGGUUUUACAUUGGAAUAAACACCAUUUUAUAGCGUUUCGGGAUUUUCGAGUGGGUGUUCGAACCAUAGGUCAAACUAUCAAUGAAUUUUUAAAAAGGCAAUUCGUUCGCUUUCCCUCUUUAUAAACAUUCAACAAUUUGAUGGAAAAUAUUUACAGGACAAAUCACUAACAACUUCUGCUUUUGAUAAGCGCAAAUUACACGAGAGAGUGAGAAAGAUUAAUUCAAUUCAUAAAUAUUAUGCCAACUUUUGAAGGAGCCAAACUUAAUAUCCACCACCGCUGACAAAAACAUUUCAGUUUUGCAUACAAUAGUUUAUUGUCAUAAAAGUUUAUAUUGCUGUUUGCAGUAAGAAAUGCACCCUCCGGAGUAAUGAAUGCAUUUAUGUCUGCUUUUUUAUGACUUAUAUCAUGUGUACACCAACCAUAAACCGAAAUAAUCUUUUUUUUUCGUUGUUGCAGUUCGUAGAUGCGUUGCAUUUCAGCUAUUUAGUGUUGCAUUCUGCUGUUCGGAAUAGGGAAAAAAAUUGUGUUUAAUUACUUUGCCCUCGUUAAAUAAUAAUUUUAUGUAAAAGAGUAAAAUUGAAUUCCACACAAUUCGCUUCCGACACAUCUUAUGGGAAUUAUGGCACAAGUUUUCAAAGAAAUUGCAGAAGAAAAAAAACCACUGCAAUGUUAUGUAUGUGUGUCUGACAAAAUGGUGUUUGGUUUAAAAUUUAAAGUGAUUUAGUUUCAGAUUCACACCAAGAGGUAUGCCGAAAGAUUGGGUGCAGCUUAAGUGACCUCUUAAAAGCAAUUCUCAUGUUGAUGAUAUUUUUGCAGCAUAAUACGGACAAAAAUAAGCUUUUGAAAGUAUGAAUGGCAAAGACUGCAAACAGUUUCAUUGCAUCUGUUUUUUGAAUACUUUUACACGCUCUGUACUUUACAUCGUAACAGUUCAUCGAGUUAAUAAUGUUGAAUUUUCCAUCAUUAUUCUCACUUGAAUGAAGAUUGUCGUUAGUUUUGGUAUUUCGAUAAUGCAUCAGUGCAUCGAUUGGUAAUUUAAUGCAAAAUCGAUGCAUUCGAGCUGCUCUUGCUGAUGAUAUGACAACCACAAAAGACAAUAUCCAUCGAGAUCAAAAGCGAUGGGGGGAUGCACUAGAUGUAUCGAUACUAUCGACCGAUUCGUCCCACAUGAAUAUGCGUUCAACGAUAUGAAUUGGCAAUCUGAUUUCAGCUUCUGGGAUCCAACUUGAGCCGUAUCGACAUAAUUUCAAUGUUUGCGUCACACACUGAAACUGACACACAUAUACACAAAACACACACCACACAAGAGGCUCAUCCACAUCGGCUAACUGUUACACCAGAAAACCUUAUCUGAUUGAUAAUUAUAGAUACGAGCUACGUUUAUUUGCUUCGUAAAUGCCAAUUUGGCCGAGGCAUAUUUCAACCCCACACACACACACACACACACACACACACACACACACACACAUGAACACAAUGCAAAGCGAACCAAAGUGAAAAAAAACCUUCAUAUUGAUUUAGUAGCGUAGUUUGUAAUGCGAUUUCGGUGGCAAUCGAAGUCAUUUCGAAGCUUUGUAUUCCACAGACAGACAGAUAUAAAUAGGAGAUUCGUAAUUACAGUCGAUUUUGGUAAUAAAACCAUUGCUAAUUGUUUACACGGGAAAUUUAUUUAUUUCCAAAUGAACACAGCAUGCGACACAAAGGAAAUGACCCCAAAAUGAUAACUUUCUAAUAGCCAAUACGGUAGAGUCCUUUUUUUUGUUUACUUUGAACAAUAUCAUCAACUUCGAUCGAGCUCAAUUGUAGUGGAAAAAAGAAUGGUUCACAGAUACGUCGUUAUUUGUUGGUCUAUGCUCAGUGCUCAGUGGCGUGGAAAAGAGCACGACGAUGGAAGCAUUCGGCAUGAAUGAACACAUAUGCCACGUACAUUUACAGCCAUUGAAUCAUUAAUGCACACACAACGGAUUAAAGUUUAAUCCGAGGCGCAUAUGACUGCCAUUGCCUAGUGUUUGCAUUAAAGCUUCUCAUUGAAUAUCCGCAGGAAUGUGUGACUUCCUGCAACACACAAGCUACAACACACAAGUAUACCAUACACAUGCACAGGCACACAUACACAUAUGACUUUUGUUUGCAUCAAAUAUUUAUGCAAAAUCGAGUUUCGUUCUUUCGCACCGUCGCACUGACUCGGCAAUUUCAUACAAAGUGGCUACUUAUUUUUUUUUUAAAAUAUAAGCAGUGUUCCUGUGUGCGCUUCCUUUCGUUUUGUUUUUUAAUUCGGUUAAAAAGCUUGGAUUCUUUCAGUUCUCUCUCAGACAAAGAGGGAGAGAGGGAGAGAGAGAGAGAGAGAGUCUCACGGCCUCUGCUUUUUCGUUGCACACAAAAAUUAUUCCAGAAGAGUGAUUUUCCACAAGGAAAAAGAAGAAAAGCUGCACGAAAAAAAAAAAAGAAAAUUUCACAGAGAGAAACGAUGCAAAGUGAAUCGCACUAUACGCUUUUUUUCCACUGACUUUCCACAGAUGUGUGUGCGGAGUAGUAUAGGCAGACAAUAAAACAAUCAUAGCGUUAAAAAUUCAUAGUCAGCACGUUUUCUUGUUCGGGGUGGUUGCCACUAAAAAAAUCAUAUAUCGUUGUCGUAUGCGACAGUUGUUGUUGUACGUUAGUCGUGUCGGUGUAUGUGAAAGGAGUCGAACGAAGGCACAUGCACUGGCAAAGGCAUACAAAACAUUUCAUACAAUGAUUUGCCACAAUUUUCAUUUUUAGUUAUCAUUUCGAUCAGUAGCGAGCCGGUGUCGUUUUUCGCUUUUUCAACCGAAAACCAAAAUCCAAUCAAUAGCUCUACACAGUUUGGAGUGGCGCUGACAGAUUCAUAUCGCACAAAACGAUGACAACAGGCGAUUUAAAAUCUAUAUUAAAAAAACCACCAAUCGGGUAAUCAACUAUUAUUACUGCACCAUUUUUCAACCAACACUGUACUACACACGCUGCAAUUUUUCGUUUGUUUUUCUCUUUCUCUCGCAAUUUUCUGGUUCAGUUUGUUAUUUAUUUUUAAAUUUUGUUCCACCUGAACUCACUUGACACAAUGAUGCCAUAUUAUUUCGAAGAAUGUUUUAUUUAAUUUAAUUGAAAAGUCCGAAAAAUCGGGAGGUUCGACACAUAAAAGGAAAAAAAAAUUGAUCCAAAGUCCAUAUAUUUUUUGCUGAAAUCAAUAAACAACCGUAAUACCAACGGAUAAAUGACAAAAUAAUGGAAAUAUUUUUCGGUCAACGUUGAUGAAUAUUGCUGUUAUUAGAUACAGUUCAUAUGUAUCAAUAUUAAUGCAUUUUCCUGUUGGCAUUUUCUGUUCGGAAAGGGGGGAUUUAUCGAUUUUGAUAUGUGUAUGUGUGUAUGGCAUUAAGUCGAUACAAUAAACAGCUUUUGCUAUUUCGUUUUCCAUUUGGAUAUUAAUCCCUCAGUACGUACCAUUUGCAGUUUGUUCCAACAUGCCAUUAGUGUCAAAGUGUACGACGAGUGUGUGCUCAAAUGUAUGAAAUAAAUGUGUAUGCCUUGGGAAUACCGACAACGACAACGACGACGACGACGACGAUUGAUCUUAUCACAAUCGCAUUUAAUUAUUGCUGCUAUCGUUAGUGAGCGCUAAAAGUGAUUUAGUGCUGUGCCCAUCAAACGGCAUAAAAAUUCGAACAACAACAUUUCAUCGACGGGCUUCAUUUUCAGUGUGAAAGAGAUAGAACCGAAAAACCAAAAUCACCCGCAAGAUGUCAUUGGUUUUGUGUAAUUUGGGUGGACCAUCUGGUCCACGACGCAGCAAUCAAUCCUCCGACCAAAAUUGUGUGACAUCGUCGGCAGCGGCAGCAGCAGCAGCAUCACGAAAUGCAUCGAAUGCUGCCAAUUUACCAUCUUCGUCUUCGGCAUCUGCUCUGCACCGCAGUGCAGGCAUGCACACGUCGCCAUCAUCUUCAACGUUGCACCAAACCACAGCCGGAAAUGACAAUAACAAUAAUAGUAACGCGAAAUCUAAUUACAACGAAACCGAUGAUCCAAAUCAAGUUACAAUUUACAGGUGUCGAGCUCCAAUCGCAUCACUUGAUUGCAUGGAAGAGUUUAGUGGUACGGGCGGUCAACUUGAUUUCGGUCGUUCAAUAAGUUUGGGUUCAAAUCAAGCGCUAACAAUACGCCACGGAGCACCAACACCAGGAUUACGAUACAAAAACUUGGGCAAAAGCGGAUUACGUGUAUCAAAUGUUGGCCUAGGCACGUGGCCAAUAUUCUCACCAGGCGUUCCCGAAGAGCAAGCCGAAGCCAUUGUUAAGCUCGCAUAUGACAGUGGAAUCAACAUCUUUGAUAUCUCUGAAGCGCACUCCGAAGUGGAAUUGGGAAAAAUUAUUCAGAAGCAUGGUUGGAAACGAACCGGCUACGUGGUCACAAUAAAAAUUUACUGGAGCAUGAAGGGUGAAGAGCGUGGACUAUCGCGCAAACACAUCAUCGAAAGUGUGAAAGCAAGCCUACUACGUCUGCAAUUGGCGUAUGUUGACAUUGUGACUAUAUACAAAGCAGAUCCAAUGUGCCCAAUGGAAGAAAUUGUUCGCGCUAUGACAUACAUAAUACAAGAAGGAUGGACUAUGUAUUGGGGUACCAGCCGUUGGACUCAUUGCGAGAUUAUGGAAGCGUAUUCAAACUGUCGCCAAUUCAAUUGUAUUCCGCCGAUCGUCGAACAAUCCGAAUACCAUAUGUUCUGCCGUGAAAAGUGUGAACUGUACUUACCGGAAAUGUACAAUAAAAUUGGCGUUGGAUUGAUGGCAUGGGGCCCAUUGUCGAUGGCAUUGGGCGAUGCACAAAACGGUGAACGUUUACUAUUUCCGAAGAACUCAUUUAAGACGAAAAGUCACAGCUAUUCAUGGACUGAAGAUGAAAUCAAUAAAAAUAGCUUCAACUGGUCGAAGGAAAGGAUUGAUGAAACACGCAAGCAAAGUGACAAAGUGCGUGAUUUGUGUUCGUUGGCGGAAAAAUUGGGAUGCAGUCCAACUCAACUGUCAAUUGCUUGGACACUGAAACAUGAACCAGUGCAGUGUCUCUUGAUCGGUGCCAUAAAUGUUGAGCAAUUACAUCAGAAUUUACAAGCGUUACAGCUACUACCACGACUCUCGGCAAGUGUAAUGCUUGAAUUGGAGCGGAUAUUGGACAACAAACCUAUACGACCGCCAGCAAUAUCAACGUUAGCGCUUCGGUGACAAUCAGCCGGUCCCGCAGGCGAUAGGGUGGCCUGCGGGACAGAAACGCCGAAAGAGGAAACUAUUAGUUUGUGUGAAGAUUCAAAGGAAACGUCUAAGGUAGCUUUUUGUGAAAUACAGUGACAAAAGGAGAUCUUAGACAUCGAUAACAAAUUGUCAAAGACCGCCGUGUCAAAGAGUCCCGAUGUGAUGCAUUUGACCGGCGGCAGUUCGAAUAAUACUUUUAAUCCGAUUGCACCAACUAAUAAUUCUUCUACCAAUACUUGUUCUUCUUCAAUUGUUAAUAGUAAAAAACAGCAUUCAAUUUCCA